AUGGACUACCUCGAAAAUGCCCGGAGCUUUCAUGGCGAUCUGCGUGCCGCAAACAUCUUCCUCGCCGCCGACUUCACUGUGAAGGUCGGGAAUUUCGGUCUGAACAAAAUACUCAACGAUACUGACGCCCACAAGCAGAGUAGAAAGUACACCUUAAGGUGGGCCGCACCAGAGACAGUCAAGCCAGGCUACAUCGACUCAAUUAAGGCUGAUGUUUGGUCCUUCGCAGUCCUGGCAUUUGAAGUUUUUACAUUCGCCUCGGAGCCGUAUGCCGAUAUCAACGUGGAUGAAAUAAUCGCAAAAGUAUCCGCCGGUUACCGUCUGCCUAAUCCCUCAGACCUUGGCUUUGCGUGUGAGAAAGCUGCCUAUAAUCUCAUGCUUGACUGCUGGUCCGACGAACCCGAGGUCAGACCCACGUUUCGGGACGUGUGUUAUCUCCUCAAAGACAUUUUCAGCGAGGAUCAGGACAUAUACGCGUCCCUUGAUUGA